AGAACGGCAUCCGGGUUACACAGCAGGUUACCGCGGUCGCCAUGUUGCUGAAUGAAAUUAACUUAGCUUCAAAACAGUGAAUAGCAGCUAACAAUAUCAAGAUUUUAUUUUUCGCAGAAUAGUCCUUGUUGCAGCACGUGACCUAUUGUAAAUAUGACUUAGGAUUUAUGAAACUACUACAGAAGCCCCAUUCCCUAUUGUGUUUAAACAUUGUAACCAUAUCACGCAAUGCACCAUGGAAGUGGAUCACAGAAUAUGCAACGACCUCUUCAGAGACCCAAGUCUGUCAGCGGGUCAGAAACAGAGGAGCAGCAGUCGCAGCCGACCAUGGCAACUACACAGCAGCAAGCUACAGUUAACCAUCCUCAAUCACCUGUGACCCCUUUUUCCUCCGCUGCCAGUCCUUCAGCUCCCCAGUCACCCAAUUAUCAGAUAAUCAUGAGUCGUAGUCCAGCCGCUGGCCCGAACAUGAACAUAACAUUACAAAAUGUGGGACAGAUGGUUACUGCUAACCAACAAAUAACCCUAACCACACUUCCCAUCCAGAACCCCGCAUCCCCAGGAUUCCAGCAUACGACACCUCAGUGGAGGUUUGAGCAUACUCCACCCUCCUACAUCCAGGUCACCUCACCUGUGCCCCAGCCCAUUCAACCUCAAAGUCCUACCCAGCAUAGUCCAGUCUCUCUGCAAGGUGUGACGAGGCCAGCAGCUCCUGCAGCAGCAUUGGGUGUGCACGGACAGAGUCCAACGCGUUUUGUUGACGCUGGCAUGUUAGUGAGGCAAAUCAGUUUAGGGAGUCCAUCAGGCAGUGGUCACUUUGUUUAUCAAGAGGGAACAGGACUGGCCCAGAUUGCCCCAGCCACACCUGGCCAGGUACAGCUGGCCUCUCCAGGAGCGCCAGGGUCUGUGAGGGAACGACGACUUUCUCAGCCUCAUUCACAGACUGGCGGCACCAUCCACCACCAUGCACCUCAAAGUCCAGUGGCCACCACUCUCUCAACUCUGGGCAGCCCUGGUCACAUCACCACCUCAAACCUACCUCCCCAGAUCAGAUCAGCCAUUCAAGAACAACUUAGAAGCCCUUUGAUAUUUGAGAAGACUCAACAAGGUGUGGUCUCUGGAGUAGGAACCACAGCCACGUCAUUCAGUAUACCUUCCUCUAUCCCACCCUCUAGCCCAUCCCUCACCAGUCCAUCUCAAGGGAUCCCCAGCAAUUCUCUUGCACCCACCAGCAUGACUGUGGGCACUGUAAAGAAGCAAGCUGCCAAGAAAUUAGAAGAAAUUGCUCCUUCUACACCAGAGAUUGCUCAGCUGAGAAAACAGUGCUUGGAGCACCACACCAAGAAGAUGGAGAAUCUGAAAGAAGUGUUCAAAGAAUAUCUGAUUGAACUUUUUUUCCUGCAGCACCUCCAAGGGAACAUGAUGGACUAUCUAGCUUUUAAGAAGAAGCCUUGUGUUCCCUUGUAUACUUACUUGAGACAGAGUGACUUGGACCUUGAAGACGAAGAGGAGGAGGAAGAACAGUCUGAGGUUAUUAAUGAUGAGGUAAAGGUUGUUACUGGAAAGGAUGGCCAGGCAGUGACACCAGUUGCCAUAGCAACACAGCUUCCUCCCAAUGUUUCUGCAGCUUUCUCUACCCAACAGCAGUUUCAGGGACAUCAAGGAGCUACUUCUGGCACAAUUACAAACCCUGGAGACAUUGAUGCAUUUAAAAGGCAACAGGCUAUGGUGCAGGCAGAUCAGGCUAAGAGGCCCCGGAUUGACGUUGGUCGCCAUGGGCUGAUUUUCCAGCAUCCUGGUGUAGCUCCUUUAGGAUCACCUGGCGUUCCACUCCAGCAGCUUAUGCCAACUGCGCAAGGCGGGAUGCCGCCUACUCCUCAAGCAGUCCAGAUCGCAGGACAGAAACAGAACCAGCAACAGUACGACCCAUCCAAAGGACCUCCAGUGCAGAAUGCAGCCAGCCUGCACACUCCGCCUCCUCAGCUGCCUGGCAGGUUGCCACAAGGUGCCCCUCCUAUGACAGGCUUGCCCAUGGCACUCUCCCAGCAGGCUCAGUUAGUAGAGAAUCCAACUCAGCCAGGGGGUCAGCUGCAGGCACAGGUGAAGGUGCAGACAGGUGCCGCGGUCCUGACCACAGUGAACCCCCACACGCAGCUCCAGGCCCAGCUGCAGCAUCAGAUGCAGUCAGGUCUUCAUCUCCAGUUGCAGCCCCAGCAGCAACAAUCCCAGGCCAUUCUGCAGUCCGGACAAGCGACUGUGGCACUUGCUCGCCCCGGAACAGAGUCAAACCAGACAAUUCAGAGGAUUAUGACCAACUCAGUAUCAAUCACAUCUGUGUCUCCUGCUCCGCUCUCUGCUCCCAACUCUGUUCCAACCCCACAUACUGCAAGCCCUCUUCGUCCUGUUGGUUCUAACGUCAACCCAAGCACCCAGUCAAAAAUGACUGGAACCAAUGGCAUAUCAGCGGUCAAAAUAGGCGGCUUUGGUCAAAGCACAGCCGUGCAGCCUUCACAGGAGGGUUCUCAAGAUAAGCAAGUGGAACAGGCCAAACUGUCUAAUGGACCAAAUGAUUGCCAGGAGAGUCAAGUGCAUCAGCGCAUAUCUGAGCUAAGGAAGGAGGGCCAGUGGUCUGCCAGUAGGCUCCCUAAGCUUGUGGAAGCCUCACGUCCAAAGUCCCACUGGGACUAUCUCCUGGAGGAGAUGCAGUGGAUGGCAGCUGACUUUGCACAGGAAAGGAGGUGGAAGGAAGCUGCUGCUAAGAAGCUCGUUCGCACAUGUGCCCGUUAUCAUCAAGAGCAGAAGAAAAGUGAAGAGCGAUCAAAGAAAGAAAGGGAAAUUCAUCUUCGUCACAUUGCCAGCACAAUUGCCCGAGAGGUGGAAUUCUUCUGGUCAAACAUUGAACAGGUCGUGGAAAUCAAACUCCAGUUUGAAAUUUAUGAGAAGAGGCUCAAAGCACUUGGUUUACAAAAAGCCAAAGUAUCUGGUCAGUCAGCAGCUGAGAAGGCUGAUAAAGAGCAGGUGACCACUUCAGUUAGAAAAAGAAAAGCAAGUUUGUCCUUGGUUGAUGAAAACGUUACAGAUGAAGAGAGCACCAUCGAGGAACAGGAGGGCAUGGAAGGGGAAACGGACCACAAAGCAGAGUUGGUUGACCUUGCCAAAGAUGCUGAGAUGCCCCUGGAUGCUUUGAUGAAGCAAUAUGCCGGUGCUUAUGCUGACACCUUUGAUUGGCCACAGCCUGGUUCUCACAGUGAUGAGGAUGAAAUGGAAGAGACUGAAGAAAUAGAAUGUGCUAUCAGUCCACCGGAGGCUGUACUGAUUGACUCCCUUCUGAGUGUGGACCAGUACCGCGGUGCUGACAAAGCCGCUUCCUCUGACUCUGAUGGGAAACCCUGCAAAGACAUAGCCGAAGUAGCUGCAGCCACAGAGCUCAUCCUGCCCAAGGGCAGCUUCAGAACUACUUCAUCUACCCGCAGCCCAGCUCCUUUUCUAUUGCAUGGGUUUCUGCGUGAGUAUCAGCAGAUUGGUGUGGACUGGCUUGUAAACCUUUACAAGAAGCACCUCAAUGGCAUCUUAGCUGAUGAGACGGGCCUUGGCAAGACUGUACAGACAGUUGCUUACAUGGCCCACUUGGCUGGGCAAGAGGGCAUCUGGGGUCCCCAUCUCGUUGUGGUAAGAACAUGCAAGUUGUUAAGUUGGGAGGUGGAGUUCAAACGUUGGUGUCCUGGCCUUAAGAUCCUCUUGUACCUUGGCAACAGAAGGGAACGGCGGUCUAAAAGAAGGUGGUGGGGGGAAGCCAACAGCUUCCAUGUAUGUGUUACAUCCUACAAGCUGCUGAUGAAAGACCAGAGUCAUUUUCUAAAGAGAAGGUGGAGGCACCUAGUCCUGGAUGAGGUGCAGCUCAUCAAAAACAUGACGGAGAAACAUUGGGAAACAGUUUUUGCUCUCAGAAGUGAGCAACGGAUUCUCCUCAUCAACACUCCUCUACAGAACACUCUUAAGGAGCUGUGGACCAUGAUCCACUUCCUUUUGCCAGGAAUCACCAGGCCUUACUCUGAUUUUCCUGUUAAGGCGGGCACAGACCAGAACCAGGACUACUGCCACAAGCUGGUCAUCCGCCUACACAGGAUGAUUCAACCUUUCAUCCUGAGGCGCUCAAAAAGGGAUGUGGAGAAACAGCUUCCCAAGAAGUAUGAGCACAUCCUAAAAUGCCGACUGUCAAACAGGCAGAAGAGCCUUUAUGAGGAUAUCCUCACUCAACCAGGAGCUCAGGAGGCACUGAAAACAGGUCAUUUUGUCAGCGUGCUGCAGGUUUUGAUGCAGUUACAAAGAGUUUGUAACCAUCCUGAGCUGGUGGUACCCAGAGUGACCAGUAGCUCCUAUUUCUUCUCCUCUCUCGAAUAUAACGUGCCAUCACUAGUGCUGGGAGCAAUUCAGACUGAUUCGAGUAAGAUUGCCAACCUGUCCAUAUUUGAUCUGAUCAAUAAUGAGAACAGACUGACCCGGUAUCAGACUGAAGAGGCAGUACCCAAACUAAAGGUCACUCAGCAGCUCAUAGAAGAGAUCUACAACAAUCCAGAUCCACCACCAAGGCCCAAACCAUGUCCAAUAAAACCCAUGAGAUUGUUCCAGCCAGUGCAGUAUGGCACAAAACCAGAGGGCCGCCUUGCCGCCUUUGCAAAUGCAGCAGGUCAGCGUCCUCCAACGAGCUCUCCUGCUACUGGCACCUCUCCUUCCACCACCAGUCAGGCAGGCCAGACCAGGGGCAAGUCCCCAGUCACCACUUCAUCGACUGCAGCCACUGCUCCUGUGGUUGGAGCAGCAGCUCAGAGAGCCCAGGCUACAACUCCUGUCAGCAGCAGCAACAGCACUGCAGCCUCCACUGUAGCCUCCUCUGGGAAUAGUGGCAUUGGACAGCAUGUGUUGGGGGCUGCCCCUGUGGCCUUAGGCCAGAGCUUAGCGGGCACAGUUGUGGGAUCUGUUGCUCCCAAUAGCCAGCCUGGAUUAACACAGGUCCCCAGGUCGACUUUAGCCCCCAGCCAUGCCAUCCAGCCCAGCUUAGUAUCCCAGAGGCUGGUUCUUACGUCCCAGGCCCAGGCACGGUUGCCUAGUGGAGAUGUGGUGAAGAUUGCCCAGCUGGCUAACAUAGCAGGCAGUCAGAAUCGAAUCUCCCAGCCGGAGACCCCUGUUACUCUGCAGUUUCAGGGCAACAAGUUCACUUUGUCCCCAAGUCAGCUCCGUCAGCUCACCACUGGACAGCCCUUGCAGCUCCAAGGUACACUUGGCAACAUCCUGCAGAUUGUGUCAGCUCCAGGGCAGCAGAUUAUUAGGCCCCAGGCAUCCAUGGUAAUGCAGACAAUGCCUCAAGCUGUUCCUGCCUCCAGUGCCUCAGCUACUCCUGGCACACCUCAUCCUGCAGUGUCAACAGCUCAGCAAGCGGUGAGUACGACCGCAAAUGCCACGUCAGCCCCCAUCAAGCCGCCUCCUGCAACUCACGCUAGCUCUCAGGAGUCGUCUGAAGAAAAGACUCAACUGAUGAAGGCGCGAUUGAGCCGUCUCUUCGAAGCAAAUGAGCAGCGCUGCAGCCGCAGAGUGUUGUAUGGGUCAGACCUGCUACAGGCAUGCACUUUAGGCUCAGAGCCCGGUCACUCUGCCCUGACUGCUGGAGGCUGGAGCUGGGUGGGCAGAGAGAGCUGUAUCAGAGCCCAGAGAACCUGCGUGGCUACUACCUCUGCACUGAAGUCCUCUCUGCUCUCUGUGGAGGACCGCCUGGAGGCUGCCAGCAGCCUUGUCAAAAGACUGGUGUGCGUGGUGCCUCCAGCUGUGGCUUCAGCUCCUCACCUGUAUGCAGCCAAUCCCCCAGUUCCCUACAGACUUGAGCAGAAGUCCCAUCGCCGUCAGCUUCAGGAGGCCUCUGUCCCUCACAGUGCAGACAUCCACUUAGCAUCCAGACAUCUCUUCUGUUGUCCUGACUUGCAGUUAAUGCAAAUGGACUCAGGUAAACUGGAAGCUCUUGCUAUCCUGCUGCAGAAGCUGAAGUCAGAGAGUCGCCGUGUCCUCAUCUUUACACAGAUGUUGAAGAUGCUAGACAUCCUGGAGGCCUUCCUAGAUUACAGGCAGCUCACUUACGUGCGCAUUGAUGAGAGCUUCAGUUGUGAUGAAAGACAGGAAAAUAUGAAGAAGUUCAACAGGAACAGGCAGGUGUUCUGCAGCAUCCUCACCAACCGCUGCUGUUCUGCAGUUGGGACUGUGUUUGACGCAGACACCAUCAUCUUCUACGACACAGACCUCAAUCCCAGCAUGGACGCACGCACCCAGGAGUGGUGUGACAAAAUAGGGCGUUCCAAGGAUAUUCACAUAUACAGGUUGGAGAGUGGGAAUUCUAUUGAGGAGAAGCUCCUGAAGAAUGGUACCAAGGACCUGAUAAGAGAGGUGGCUGCUCAGGGUACUGACUACACCUUGGCUUUCCUCACUCAACGGACAAUCCAGGAUUUGUUUGAAGUGGAGGCAGGCUCGGGAGAGAAGGUGGAGGAGUUUGUCGUCCUUCACCAGGAGCCUUCAGCCUCUGAGGCCAUCUCUCCCAGAGUAGCUAGACCAUACAUCCAGGCUCUCCAAAGCAUAAACUUGGAUGCCCUGACAGAGGAUGAAGAGCAGCAAAAGCAGGAGGACAAGUUGCCAGACCAGGAGUCAACAGAACGGGACCAGGAGUCAGAAAUCCACGCUAAAGAAGAGCCUGCUCAGAUAGAGGAGCUUAAUGCAGUCAUGGAACAGCUUACACCUAUUGAAAGAUAUGCCCUGCAUUAUUUGGAGUACCUCCACGUCAGCGAUGAUGAAAAAGCUCUAAGGGAGAAGUUGGAGUGUUCAAAGAGAAGCUGGGAGCUGCAGCAGUUGCAAAGGUUGAAGGAGGAGGAGCAGCAGCAGCACAUGAUGGAGGGAGAUGAAGAUCUCUUCACCUACACCAGAGAGGAUGCCUACAACAUGGAGUAUGUGUUUGAUGUGGAGGAUGGCCACACAGAAAUUAUGCCGCUUUGGACUCCACCCACACCACCACAGGAUGACAACGACAUCUACAUUGAUUCUGUAAUGAUGCUGAUGUAUGACACCACACCCAUGCCAGAGUCCAAGUUGCCUCCUGUCUACAUUCGCAAGGAGCAUAAGAGACUGAAAAUGGAUCCCUCAGCAGCAGCCAGAAAGAAGAAGAAGGGCCACGGGGAGACGGUCAUUCCUCCACGUUCGCUUUUUGAAAAAGCCAGUAUGCUCAAAGUUCGCCGCGAGGUUAAAGACCAGAAAAAGAAUUUCUCCCUCAAGCAGCAGGCACCCUUUGCCAAGCCCCUCCCCUCGCUGGCUAAACCUGCUAUGGAGGCAGGGCAGGACAAUCCAGAGUGGCUCAUCAGUGAAGACUGGGCCCUGCUUCAGGCUGUGAAGCAGCUGUUGGAGUUGCCGCUCAACCUGACAAUCGUGUCUCCUGCGCACACUCCUAACUGGGAUCUGGUGAGUGAUGUGGUGAACUCCUGCAGCCGCAUCUACCGCUCACCCAAACAGUGCCGCAAUCGCUACGAGAACGUCAUUAUUCCCAGGGAAGAGGGCAAGUUGGUGUAUGAGGCAAACCCCAAAAAGAAAACCAAGAGUAUAUACAAGUCUAAGAACAGCCGUCCUCUGAGGACCUGUCAGAUCUACACACAGGAUGACAAUGCCACUCACAUCCAGCUCUACAACAGCCGCUUUGAACUCAUGAAGAUCAUUGCCAGCAAGAGAAGCCCACCAAUCAAACCACUACUCGGCAUGAAUCCAUUUCAGAAGAACCCCAAGCAUGCGUCUGUCUUGGCAGAAAGUGGGAUCAGCUACGACAAGCCGCUACCUCCCAUCCAGGUGGCAUCUCAACGGGCUGAAAGGAUUGCCAAAGAGAAAAAGGCACUUGCAGAGCAACAGAAGGCUCAGCAGUUGGCCCAGCAGCAGGCUGGAGCCCCCCAGACUCAGGCCGCACCUGGCCAAGCCCAGGCUCCUGCUUCUGGCCAGGCCCAGGUCCCUCAGGCUGCAGCAGUUGCCGGCGCUCCUGCUGUGCCUAAUGCCGUACUGGCUGGGGGCAUAAAAAAUGCCACUGUGGGCACUACCAUUCAGGCUGCCACUGUUGGAGGGAAUGUGAUUGUCAACACGAUAGCUGGAGUUCCUCAAAGCCCUUUCCAGCCCAACAAACGCCUGGCGUCUUCGGUCAUGUCAGGAACGCUGUCUCCUGCAGGUACAGCUGGAGCACAGGUGGUCCAUGCACAACAGAGGCCUGUUACAGCUGCUGGCCCGGCUGAGGUGGUUGCCAUAGCUACAGGUCAGGCUGUUAGAGCGGUUACCCCAGUGACAGCAUCUGCAGUCGUUUCUACCACUGUGAGCCCAGUGCGCUCACUGGUCACUCAGGUCACAGGAAAGCCAAUCAGCGCAGCCCAGCUCCAUGUGCUCAGACAGCAUCUGCCACAGGCUACAUCCCCUCAGAUGAAAGCUGUUAGCAAAGCCCAGGUGCACAAGCAAAAGUUGCAGCAACAGGCAACAGCAACUCAGGGCCAGCAGGCUACAGGGGCCCAGCAGGCCGCACAGGUGCCAGCUGCACAGACUGUACAAGCUAAUCCUCAGCUAGCAGCUGUGACAACACAAAGACCCGGAGCUGUGCUGGCCACCAACCUGCCGAUGGGCAGAUUGACUGCUCGAGUACCCAAUCAGAGCGGGAUUCAGGCCCAGGCAGGACAGACGGCUCAGGUGACUCUGACCAAGCCUCCUGUAGUUUCUAUGCCAGCUGUGGUCUCAUCAGCCGGAGUGAUGCCAGUGACUGUAGCAGGCAUUAGUGUGGCUAUCAGUCAGCCCCAGAAAACAGUCGGACCCUUCCCACAGAUGCAGGUCCAGCAGCUGAUUCAGAUGAAGAAACAGCAGCAGCAGACAGUUCAGGUGGCAGCUGCACCCCAGCAGAAGGCAGGGCAGCCACAGCCAGGACAGGCCACUGUACAGCAAAAGAUUGGCACACAGCAGGUGACAGUGCAGACCGCCCAGCAAGGUCAGCAGCCACAGCAAAAGUUGACCUAUACCACCACCCAACUCCAAUCGGGAAUCAAGACCCAGUUCUUCGCUACAUCGCUCCCCCAGGGCCAAAAAGCAGCUGGAGCACAGCAAAUCCAGCAGCUGCCUAAGAUCCCGCAAAUAGUGCAGCAGCAACCAACUGUGGCCAAUAUUCAACAACUUGUGUCUUCUCCUCAGAUCCAGGCUCAGCCUCAGACUGUGACUCUGACCCAGGCUGCCACGUCAGCUACCGCUCAGGUGCAGAUGAUUCCUGCUGGAACGGCGACAGCCCAGGUGGUCCAGCAGAAGAUCAUCCAGCAACAGGUGGUGACCACAGCCGCCUCACCCCAGAUCCAGACACCACCUCCACACAGCCCAGCCCAGCAGCCCGCUGCAACCACUACUGCCGAGUCCCCGGUGCAGCAGUCCGCUCAGUCACAGCAGGCCUCCAAGGGUCAGGCUCGCCAGGGGGGCAUCAGAGCCAAAACCCCUGCCAAGCCCAGUGGGGGGAGCAGUUAGGAGAUACACACUAAUGAGACUGUAUGUACCAAGCGUUUUCCCGCAGUACAACGACAAGGGUUGUGCUUUCUUGUGGAUCCUGCAACAACAACAAACCUUUACUUUACUCCAACCUCUCUAAUCUUGUGUUCAACAUAAUUUCAGUGCUUGUAUCUAAAUCAUUCUGGAAGAUCAAUCAUGAUGCUUCUGCCCAUAAUUCUGCUGGGAUCCAUAACUAUCUCUCACUUGAUCAAUAACAUUCUGCUCUUCAUUUGUUUGUUGUAGAGCGUUUCUCAAAAUUUCCCCCACACCUACCACAUAAUCCCACCGUAUGACAGCCACAGCAGUCAUGCCUUCUGCACAGUGGUUAUAUGACUCAACAGAUGUAUGAGGCUGAGGAUUAUGGGUGAUUUUUGUUUGUUUGGUUGGUUUUUUUUGCAUUGGGAAAUGAGCUCUCUAUUAGAGUAAGUGUAUUCAUAAAUAGUCUUGUUUUAUGUCCGAUUCUCUUGUUGUCUAUAGAUACUGAAUGGAGAAUAAUGCACGUUCCUUUAGUCAUUUUUUUUAUUAUUAUUUCAGCAAAUACACUGUAAACAUGUACUUUAGUGUUUUGUUUCCUCAUAAAUUCUCCUUUUUUUAUUGAUGUGAAAGGAAAAAAAAACAUGUAAAUAUCAACAGCGGACAUUUGUACUUGUAAAGUAGUUGUGUUUUCAUUGGAUUUUUCAGCCCAAUUGUAAUAAAGUGUUUUGUUUUUAUACACAAAUUCAUCUUUUCCUUUCAUUAAAUCGUUGUAAGUACUUUGAAA